AUGACGACGGCGCACCGGCCGACAUGGAAUGCGGCGAUCGCCAGCAACAGCAACCCAGGUGGCAACAUGAUGGUUGCGCAGACAACGAAAAUCAACAACAGAGAUGCGGCCACCUUCAAGAAGAUGAAAUUCCGGCAGGCUGGCCAGGGUCUUCUCGAAGAUCGUGGUUCCAGGGCAGAUCUCACAGAGGACCUGGAGCGAAGAGAGAAGGCAGCCAAGGAUGAGCGAGAAGGGAGAAUCAAGGAGAGGAAACGGCCAUCCCUAGAGGACAAUCCCUUCCCUGAGGAUGCCGACGAGGAACUCCCUAGUGAGGACGAGAAGGAAAAAGAGGCAGAAAAUGAAGAUGAAGAUGAUGACGACGACGAUGACGAUGCAGAGGAGCUGAUGAGGGAGCUGGCGAAGAUCAAGAAGGAGAGGGAGGAAGAAGAGGAGGCCAAGAAGGCCCUUCAAGCCAAGCAGGACAAGCGGGCGCAGAGAGAUGAGGUCAUGAAGGGAAACCCUCUUCUCGCAGAAGGCUCUGACGUAUCGCUGAAGAGGCGCUGGGAUGACGAUACUGUCUUCAAGAAUCAGGCGCGCACCGCGCCGAAAGUCAAGCAACGCUACAUCAACGACGCCGUCCGCAGUGACUUCCACAAAAAGUUCUUGAGCCCGGUCAUGGCACGGGGAUCCGGUGCGGAUGCCGUUGCCGUGCGAUCGAUCAAGAACCUAGAAGCUUUCUUCCAGGACGCCGAAGAGAAGCUGGGAUUGCCCGAAGGCUUCACGAUCCCGCGUGCCAUGAAAGAAUUGCUCUCGGAACCCAGUUUUGGCUUCCGGCAGAAUCGCUCAGCAUUUUUCCAGCUGAGCUUAGUUGGCCUAGAAGCAGUGAAGUGCUCGUACGACUUCUACGAUGUCUAUGGCAAGAUCACGACUCCUGCGGACCCGACCUGCAGCGGGCGCUUUCCACAGCAGGGACAGGGCGUCGGAUGGGUAGAGGAGAUGAUAGGAUUCCCGAACCCCACAGUGAGCCAAAGUGCUUGGUUGAGUUUCUUUGGGGAGCUUUACGCGGAUCAAGUUGCAGAAAGCUUCGGCCAGGUGGCAUCAGAAGAGCUUGUCAAGAUGAUCAAGAAGGCCAGAUUCGGACUGCAGUGUAUCGAUUUGCAAACUGCGGGUGGCAAGUACUAUUGGCCGGCAGCGCAGCUUGGCUGGAUGGACGUCGCGCUGGCACUGGUUGCUGCACGGAGUGGCCUAGCUGCGGCGCCACCGCUUCAGGAGCUGCUAAAGCCUCCAGCUCAGAAGAACGAGCUGGCGCCAGUCUAUCCGGGCAGCGUCACCGUUCCGAAGGAGGCUCCGAUUUCCCGAGUGGUCGAACCGUACAACGCCAGAGACAGGGUGACGAAGCACCAGCGUGUAUGGUGGGGCCCUGGCUAUGGCAAGCAUCCUUAUCUGGUGAAGAAGUGGUCCACUGUGGAGAAGCUGAUGAAGCGAAGACCUCCCAUGGCUAUCCCUGGGAAGGUCGCUCGGCCCACCAAAAGGGAGCAGCUUCUACGACGUCAGCUGAUCAAGGGCACGACGCCGAGCGAAGCCGACUUCAAUCGAAUCAUCCAGGUCUUUGCACAGCGAGCCCGCCAGGAGGUUCGGUACCCGCUGUUGAUCCAGCGCCACCACUUUGCCAAGCGGGCAAAGGGAUGGGCCUGGGAAAUGCUCCUGAAUGACAUGCAGCCCAGCAGACAGACCUACAAGUUGAUGAUGCUUGCAUUUGGAGCAACGGGCCAUCAUGCAGCUGCACGAUGGUGGAUCGACUGGAGAAAGUCGGACUCCGAGAGCGACGAGGUGGACAGUCGUUGGGAGACAAAUUGUUUGAUCUCCGCCUACGCGAAGGUCGGCAGGCCGCUAGAGGCCGCCCGGCACCUGCGCGAGAUGAGCCGGAGUGGUCUUCGGCCCGACGCGCGCAGUUUUGCAGGUGUUAUUGAAGCCUGGGAGCACAUCGGGAAUAGGUACCAGAUGUUGCGGUGGCUGAAGUUGUAUCUCAGGGCAGAAGCCAGAGGUAUUCUGGGAGAGCUCCUAGAUCCUCGCGAUGCAGGGCUUCCGUACUAUGCCCUGGCAGAGUCGUACGUGAAGGUGGCAGAUGCCGUCCGUACAAUGAGCCUCUUGAAGGCCGUGAAGGAUCGCGGCAUACCGCUCAGCAUCCAGGCUUACCGCCUUCGGCUGGACGUGCUGCUGCGCGUGCGCGGCCAGCGUCGAGCGAUGGACCAGAUCGAGCGGGCUCUUGUUGAAUUCAUCAGCAACCGCCCCUCGAAGGGGCCGAUCUUCACAAAGGAGCUGCUUCAAAGAUGUCGCGACGUUCUUGGCGAAGAACAUGUCGAGGCGAUGUUUAGUGACCUUGGUGCCGGAGAUGAUCUCGUGCAGCAGGACAAUCUUCGAGCAGAUGCCUAUGAAAAAUGGCAAACUGCACAGCUGAAUGUGGCGAUUAGCCGGGCGGUCAAACACAAGCGAAUUGUUGCCGGCACGUCGCUCCUUCUGGACAAGGAGGAAGAUGACGAUGCUUUUGAGGAAAAGCAAGAAGCUCGAGAACCCUACAAGGUGGGGGACAUUGACCAGGGCUUCCGAGUCCUGAAGCGCGAAGCAAGCGAGAAGGGCUUGCCGGAUUGGAUGUCGUUGAAGAAGCCCCCUGACUGGUUCAACGCAUUUUUCUUUGUCUCUUCGAUGCCUACGACCAUCUACGACGAAGUUGGUCCCGCGCUGGAGGGACUGGCUCGGUUCGUACUCAGGAAAGACAUUCGUUCGGUGGCGGAGAAGUUGGCACAGUUCGAUCUGCAGGAGCUACGUGAGCUUUCAGCCAAUGCUCUGCAGAUGCGGGACGAGGUCAUGAACUGCAUCAACCGGCUGAAUGUCUUAGACAGCCAGUGGCUUCGAGACAAGGAGGAGUUGCGGGAAAUAGUGGAAAGGACAAACCAGGACCUCAAGGACCUGCAGAAGUACAUUAUGGGCAAGAUCGACGUUGGCAUCGAGGCAGACGCCGACCUUCGGCGUGACCAGCAGAUCCUGAACGAGCGCAUGCAGCUCAUUGCGGAUGACCUCCGCCUCUUGAUGGAAGAGCACCAGCGAUUAGCAAACCGCACACUUGGUGUGGUGGAGGAGAACGAGGAAAUGCGGACACUCCUCGGGCAGGUGCGGGAAGACAACGAGCAUCUGCGGCACGACAAUUUCCAGGUCAGCACGCGGGUUCUCAGCUUGGAAGGCGCGGCGAGCGAAAAGUGGCAAGAGUGGCCGACUCAGGGGAUCACCGCGCUUCCCUUUCGUGUUCCACGUGUUUCCAUCGCCGGGGACGACGUGCAGCUAUCGGCAGAUCUGUCCAUUGCAGUAGGCCGUGGAUUCCUGGCGGCUACGGGCGUCGUCGGAGCCUUGGAUUGCCGCGGCUGCACUGCGUGCUGUGCCCAUGUUGGAUGCUGCCAGGUGAUAGGAAAUACGGAGGGCCUGGCUGUAGGCGAUGGUCCCUGCAGGCAUUUCGGGACUCCGGGUUGUUUCUCCUCGUAUUACGAGAUCGAGGUUGAUGAAGUUACAGCCUCUCCGGCCGGUGCCGGUGGGCUGUUCCUUGGUGUCUCCUUGCAGAGUGGCGAGGUUCCCUGGGUUCUGUCCGAUUCAGAGCGGCGCCUGUCUUCGUGA